CCAUUCUAAUAGUAUUCACAGACACCACUGUGUCUUUGAAUGCAACAUUAACUCUCACAUCAUAAUUAUGAUACUUGUACCACAAAUUGAUUAGAAUAGUAUUGCACAUAUCUCAGUAUUAAAUAAGAUGGUAAUCUGGCUUUCAGAUUGUGUGCUGAAACAUCACCCUUUACGGUUAACGGUGGUGAAAUGCCUUUAGAUCCAUCUAUGAAAUAUUAGGAUUAUGGUCUUCUCUAUGUGUAAAUUUAAAUCUUUGUCCUAUUCGUUUCACACCUUUCUUAAGUAUUUUUUUAUAACCUGUCAGCAUCCCACCAAAAAAAAAAAUUAAUAAUAAUUUAUUCCUCUAGAUGGCAGCAUUGUAACAUUGAAAAUACAUUUGAACACUAAAACCAACAAAAAGUUGAUUCAAUGUAGUUUAUUUCAGAAGUAAAAGGCAGAAUAUUUAACACAAAAGACUCAUUUAUACCAAGUUUUAUAAUCAUUUAUUCACAUUAUAACAUAUAUGUUUUUGCACGGAGAAUAAAAAAAAAAAGGAAGGAGACAGUGAUGAUGUCUGUGACACCUCAGUGUGAGAGCGUCUGAGUUUUUAACGGCUGCUCUCACUAUGAGGCCCUCUUCCUGCUUUGACAGUACAAACUGAACAAUAAAACAGCCGCUCCUGAAAGAGGACAGAGCAGACGACUGAACAUCUCCAAAGCAUGAGGACUCUCCUGCUUUACAUUCUUUUGGUUCAGCUUUUUGAAGUCCACGCUGAGUUGCUGUUAAAGCAUCUAAUGGAGGGGGAGUCUGUGGGACUCUCCUGCAUCCCUCAGAAGGAUCAUGGCUCUCUGGUGGGCCUCAACCUGUACCACCACGGCGUCCAGAGCCAAACCACCCUCCUGUCUGUUGCCGAGAGUGGACGGGUCAGGGUGGACCCCGAACUAAGGCCCCGUCUGAAGCUCCACGGAACACUUAACUCCUUGCAGAUCAACGUGAGCAUCUCUCGCCUACAACCGAGCGACACUGGAGUUUAUGUGUGGGAGCUGAGUUAUGGAAACAACCACUCUGACUGGAGAGUCCCCAGUGUGAGGACGUUGCUGCUGGUUGAAGGGACAGAGAAACCGUGUCAGAGCUACCACGCCCUGCUCUUGACCAUGGCUGCAGGCGCUGGCUUUCUUCUGCUCACACUGGCCUGGAUAGCUGCAGAAAUAUGGGUGAAGAAGCAUCGUCAUCUUCACCCCAAACCUCAUUCUUCCAUCUAUGAGGAAAUGAGCGGGAAGCAGCAGAGCUCAGGAACCCCCCAAAAUAACCAGGAGGCCCACCUGCAGCUGGAGGAAGCCAGCACCCCCGUGUACGCCAACACAAACAUCCGACAACUGCAGGACAACUACUACGCCUGUCCCCGCCUGCCCGCCCUCAGGUGCUGACGUAGCAAACAUCUGACCCCACACCGGACAAACAACCACGGGGACAACUUUACAGCAAAGAAAAACAAAAAAAAGCUAUUUUAUUAAUAUUGAAAGAAGCUCCAUAGUUCAUGAAAACAUUUGUUUCGGUGCAUGUCAAAUAACAAUCACAUUCUAUGAGGAGAAAGAUAUAUAUAUAGAGAGAGAGAAAAAAAAUAAACAUUACAAGCCACUGACUUCUCAUCGACUUUCAGUACAGACAUUUUACUGAUUUAUUAAAAAACAGAAAAAAAGGCAAAAAAAAAAAAACAUAAAUGAAACAAGCAGCCCUAAUCCAAACACCCCGUUCCUCCCCUCCAGGAACCCUCAAGUGAGGAAACAAACAAAACACCCCCCUUGAGGAUGACAGGCUGGAAUCCCACAGUGCUAAGGAGUGAGACGCUCAUUGGUUUCAGGAAUACACAGCAUGGCGAUGUAGCGCUAGGUCAGUCAAGAGGGAGGGAGGUGGAGCUGGAGGGUGUCACUUCAAAACACCUCUCCGCCUCGUACCUCCAUCCCUUCACAAAAACAUAAAAAAAAACCCCAUCCCGAUAAAACCCCUGCAAUAUAUCAGCCACUAGUGAGAAGUAGGCCUUUUAAAGUCCCAAUCUUCCACCCCGGCCCAACACUUGUGCAUAGUUUCAUGAUCCGUUACAACCAGUUCAUGUUUCACAAACAUCCUUUCAGAAAGUGAAAAAAAA